AAGAAUGGAGUGGGAGCACUUGACGUCAGUUGGAGAAUCAUCCACAGGACCAAUAGGAUAGUAACAAGCAAGAGUCAAUGCCAGCGAAUUGCCAACAUCAUUAGCGGUGUGUCAACCAAGUCUUAACGUCCUCCUGCGAUAAAUCGAUUUGUUACAAUAACGGUAAAAGAAAACAGAGGGGUUAUAUUAUACAUCGGCGCCGGCGGUUACCGGUUAUAGUCUUCACCCGCGCGCCCAAUGUCUCCAUCUUCCCUGUGAACAGCUGUCAAGGAAUGCAUAUGGGGAGACCUCAACAAGCCAUCUCAACAUCACUUGACUGAGGCAUAGUGACACGCAUGGAUGCACUGUGAUGAUUCACUCUCUGCCGCAGCUAUGAGUAACCAAUUCCAGAACACCUCAUCCCCAAUCUGGAGUGUUCAAGAAGGAGGGAAUUCCACGCCACCUCCAACAUUCGAGCUGGAGCCGGUGCCUGUCAGCGUGAAUCCCUGGGAUAUAGUAUUGUGUGUCACAGGGACCCUCAUGUCCUGUGAAAAUGCAAUCGUGAUUGCCUUAAUUAUUUACACGCCCACCCUGAAAGCGCCCAUGUUCGUGUUGAUAGGGAGCCUGGCUUUCGCGGACCUACUGGCGGGGCUUGGUUUGAUAGUGAAUUUCACCAUCACCUACAUCUUUGAUACGGGAUUCGCGACGCUGCUAUCAGCUGGACUGCUCAUCACUGCCUUUUCGGCCUCCGUUCUCAAUAUCCUGGCAAUCACUGUGGAUAGAUACCUCUCCCUCUACAACGCACUCACUUACCACACGGAACGAACAGUGAUUUUUACCAUCAUCACACUGGUUCUCAUUUGGGUGACUAGCAUCACUCUGGGCGCGUUACCGAUCAUGGGUUGGAACUGCCUUAAGGAUGAGACUACUUGCAGUAUUUGCGCCCCCAUUGAUAAAAAUCACGCCGCCGCACUGGCGGUGACUCUUCUUUUUGUAUUCGCACUAAUUUUGCAACUAUACCUCCAGAUUUGCAAGAUUGCUUUUCGUCACGCGCAGCAAAUCGCCGUGCAGCACCAGUUCAUGACUACCUCCCACUCCUCCUCCACCACUAAAGGGGUCUCCACCCUCUCCAUUAUCCUUGGCACCUUUGCAUUGUGCUGGAUCCCAUUCGCCAUGUACUCUCUGGUGGCGGACAUCAGAUACCCCUCCAUCUAUACUUACGUCACCGCUCUCCCGGCCAUUUGUCACUCUAUGAUAAACCCCAUCAUUUAUGCUUUCAGAAAUCCCGACAUACAGAAAUCUAUGAGAUUCGCUUGUUGUUGUGGAUGUGCAUCUUCCAACUUCCCUCUGCGACCAAGGACACCAAGUGAUGUCUAGGCUGUUGUAUGUUGGCCUAUUGCCUCUAGUGAAGUAGUUACAAGCGCGUCCCAAUCUUACUGACUAAUCCGAAAACAUUUGUGGGUGUUUUGUUUUGCAUUUCAUGUGUAUUGAAAAACGAAGUCUGAUGUCCUCUUGUAUAUUUUACUGAGGAUAGCAUUAGGAUGUCUGCUCUCAAAAUAUAGCCGUUCAAUCUCUCGAAAGUGUAUUGGCGGAAGUGUAUUGGCCCAGAGCUACCUGUGCAGUAUUGAUGCGCUUUUAUGGAGGUAGUAGCCUUCACUGUAAGAGCGAGGCAUCAUAUUACAACCUUUAGAUUAUAAUUGAUGCAUCUGUACAUGUCAUGUGCAGUGACUCGGUGUUGCUCAUAAAGUAUUCAAAGAAGCCCCUGACUCAAUAGGUAAAUACCUGUUCUGUGUCAGUACAGUAGGAGUAAGGAAAGUACUCCUAAUGUCACAAUAUUGAUUCAAUUCAUUGGGAAUAAUGUUCAUCAAAGGUUGUUGAAUGUUUAUUAGAAUGAUGCCGAAACGUGGUACUCACUUACUGCGUCUCUGCACCUUCAGUAUGUUUAAACUGUCCCCUCAGUCUGUCAAAUAGUGGGGCAAGUAAAAGUGAGCCAAUGUGUGAUUUACGCAUGGUUUAUUGCGAGGGGGAAAUGCUGGAGUGAGUGGACAGCUCUAUGUACACAAGCGUCAUCCGCACAGCCGUUUCAGCACGAAACGUGAGCUAUCGCCCCUAAUGCACGCAAGAGCUAUGUAGCUAAUACUGUAAGAGUGGAGAAUAACCCUCAUUUGUGUGCAUUUUGAAUUCAAGACAAAAGCAGCAAAAUAGUGUCGGCCAAGGUUUUCCAAAUGAACGCGCACAGACAGUAUCACAUAUUCCCUGUGUGACGGGGAACUCUACAUUUUAAAGUGGGAAACCCCGUACAUUCGACACGCGCAACACUACUUCAUUAUAAUGACAAUAGCCUACUUGCAAUAUUUGUAUGCAUUUAGCCUACCUACACCCUCGGUAGACCUUCCACAUCGACAUCUGAUUGAUUUCUGAUGUCAUAACAUAUUUUUGUUGCUUGCCCACUAAAAACAAAUGGUUCUAUAUAGUGCCAAAUAAGGGGUAUUUGGCUUGUAACCAUAG